UUCAGGAACGGAUAAAAUAACGGUCAAACUAAUUUCACGUCUCACUUAAUUUCUUAGCAUUGUAAUAUUUUAUUUCACAAACAUAUCUUGACGAACUUUCUUAAAACACGAAGCAGUCGUUGGAUUUUUUUUUUUUAAAAAAAAAAACUAAUCCCUUCAUCUUUGUCAAAAUUUUCUUUAGAUACAACACACUACUGUUGGCACAACAUUUUUUAGAAACACCUCACGAUACCACAUAAUCUGAUCAAAAAAUCAAUCGUCCGUGUUUGUCCAUGUCUUUCAUGCAAAAGAGAAUCUCUGGUGACAAGAUUGUCCUUUCGUAUGAAACUAAAGUAUUCGUAUAUAUACAAAAGAUAGAAAUAAAAAGAUAAAACCAUAAAGAAAUAAUUUGUAUUCUUUGGUUUUGAUUUAACAUUGUCGAUAAAAGAAGCCUCUAUUGUGGACCGUAACUGAAAGACUAAGCUAUUAGCAGCUGCUUAAUUACUGUCAGCAUCGAUAUAAAAGUAUAUAUAAAAAGGAUUAAAAUCGAGAAAAAAAAUGCUUUCGAUUGCAUAUAUUUAAAUAAAAAUAUAAACCAAACUCUUUAAUUAUAUGUAGUCGUUUACAAGCUGCAGAAGUAAUAAUUUAGGAGGAUGGAAAAAAUAAUAUUAGAGGGUUGGUUUAUCAAGUCGCCUCCCAAGAACAGGAUAACACAUAGCAGUUCUUGGCGGAGACGAUAUUUUGCUUUGGUGAGGCACGAAAAACCUUUAGCCUUGAAACCAAUUAAAAAAACAUCAAAAAAAUCUCAACCGUUUGCGUCACUGUUGUAUUGGUAUACGGAUGAAGAACAGCGGAAAGGAUGCAAGCCUAUUCGUAUUAUACAAUUGACAGAACUGUGCACGGUAUCCGCUGAAGUCAUGCCAUUUCUACCUGAAGUUUAUUCUCAUUACCUACUAACUUUAAGAACACCAAAAAGAACAUUAUUCAUGUGUGCAGAGGAUGAAGAAGAAAAGAAUAUGUGGUUUCAGGCCAUGACCAAUAUUCUUUCUUCGUGUAGAAACAAGGAGACAUUGAAAAACGAAAAUGCCAGACUGAGAUGUGUAUCCGCAACAUUACCUAGAAGGCAAACUGCUUAUUCCAGUAUAAGUAGACACGAUUCUGGUUACCCACCGUCUUUAAUUUCAUCUCGUAGUGGGCGACAUGAUACUGUCUCUGCUGCUUAUUAUUCCGAAAAAUCGAUAGGUAGAACAACCUCUGUUACGGCACAAAAUAUCUACGACUCUCCUAUUAGAGGAACUUACACAUAUCUGCGUAAAAAUUUCUCUUCUCCCGCGAUGCUCAGAAGGGAGACUAAAUCAUUGUCUUCGUCAAAUGAAAUAGAUGAAGGACGUACGAAAAUAUCUUUGCUGGAUUUGCAUAUUUACGCGCCUAUGUGUAGUAAUGUUGCUUUUAAUGUUGGCGAAGUCGAAGUGAGAACUCAAACAUGUAUAUUUAAAAUUAAAUCUUGUUCAUUAACUACUACAGAGCCUUUUGAGGCUUGAUAUUUAUUAUUUUUGUUAACCAUUUAUCAUGCGCAUGUAACUUUUUUAUUUCCUUCAAGCACUUGUUUGAUAUUUCAGUAAAAUCACAAGCCUGCUUUUUUAAAUUCCAAGUAUCACUGUUCACUCCAAUGUUUUAAAGUUUAUAUAUUAUGGUGUACAGCCCAUAUAAUCUGUAUUAUAUAAUAUAUAUAUAUA